AAUCCUUCACUUCUUCUUCAAACUCUCGGUCUCCGUCUCCGUCUUCUUCUUCUUCUUCUGCAUUCAAUUUCUUCAGCGGAAGACAAGAAUUCGUUUCCGGCGGCGGAGGAGGAGGCGGAGGAGGAGUUUUCGAGGUCGAACAUGGCAGACGUCGGUCACAACAACGCCGCAGCCGAUUUUCCGGCUGUUCCUACCCAUGGAGGCCAAUACGUGCAGUACAACAUCUUCGGGAAUCCGUUCGAGAUCACCUCCAAAUAUCGCCCCCCAAUUAUGCCUAUAGGUCGUGGCGCCUACGGCAUCGUCUGUUCGGUUUUGAAUUCGGAGACCAACGAGAUGGUUGCGGUGAAGAAGAUUGCCAACGCGUUUGAUAAUCAUAUGGAUGCGAAGCGAACGCUCCGUGAGAUUAAGCUUCUUCGGCAUUUGGAUCACGAAAAUGUAAUAGGCAUAAGAGAUGUGAUUCCUCCACCUUUACGGAGAGAAUUUAAUGAUGUCUACAUUGCCACUGAACUAAUGGAUACGGAUCUUCACCAAAUAAUCCGCUCCAACCAAGGUUUAUCAGAAGAGCACUGUCAGUAUUUCCUUUAUCAGAUUCUCCGAGGAUUGAAAUACAUUCAUUCUGCAAAUGUCAUUCAUCGAGACCUGAAACCGAGCAACUUAUUGCUUAAUGCCAACUGCGAUCUUAAAAUAUGUGACUUUGGUCUUGCUCGUCCAACUGCGGAAAAUGAAUGCAUGACAGAGUAUGUUGUCACAAGAUGGUAUAGGGCACCUGAACUACUAUUGAACUCUGAUUACACAGCUGCCAUAGAUAUAUGGUCUGUUGGUUGCAUCUUUCUGGAGCUUAUGAAUCGAAGGCCUUUAUUUCCAGGCAGGGAUCAUGUGCAUCAGAUGCGUUUACUGACUGAGCUUCUUGGCACACCAUCCGAGUCGGAUCUUGGUUUUAUUCGGAAUGAGGACUCGAGAAGAUAUCUUCGUCAGUUACCUCCACAUCCUCGUCAGCCAUUAGCGACAGUUUUUCCACAUGUUCAUCCUUUGGCGAUUGAUCUUGUGGAUAAAAUGUUGACGUUUAAUCCAACAAAUAGAAUUACUGUUGAAGCAGCAUUAGCACAUCCCUACCUAGAAAGAUUGCACGACAUAGCCGAUGAGCCAGUUUGCCCAGAGCCAUUCUCGUUCGAGUUUGAGCAACAAUUCAUUGACGAGGAGCAAAUGAAGGAGAUGAUUUACAGAGAGGCAGUGGCACUCAAUCCAGAAUAUGCAUGACAUGGGACGUCCACGCUCUAAGUCGUCUUCCCGAGCAACGACGACUUUGCAAAUACUGAAUAACAUAUGGCGAAAAAGGUCAGGACGGUGUACAAAACGAUCGAUACCCGGAUCAUAUAAGCUUAGAAUGCUGAAUUGGCUAACUCAAUGUGUUUCAUUCAUCUACAAUAUCACUCUCUAUUCAGUCGCUUAAGAAAACUUUAUUUUCUUCCACGGAAAAAUUGUUAGUUUAUUAUUUUGCCCCACGUUUGGUCGUUUGAGUUGUGUUUUUUGUUUGUUUUCUUUGUAUCAUAAAUGUUGAAUAUCUGUAUUCUGUACAGCACAGCAGACUGAAUUAAAUGCAAACUCAUUUAAUGGAAGCUAUCUUUUUGUGUA